GCUCGUUUCCCAACAAACGCGCACACACACUAGAUGGUUUCGGCUAGCUGCUCCCAGUUUAAACAUGCUUGCAGGAAACGAGGCUUGGUCCUGACCGGCUCCGGUAGCUCAAGACCGGGUGCUGUUCGGUGAAUUAGCACCUAGCAUUAGCGAGUCGUGACAGCGGAGCUCCAGCUCGACAUGUCCGGCGUGGCGGCCGCUGCUGUCGGGAGCGUCGGCGGCUCCUGUGCGGGCGCGGCGUGUGGGGCUUCGGGGGUCGCCGGCCGGCUUCCAAGCCGCGUUCUGGAGCACAUUUUCUCAUAUUUGGAUUUAUCGGACCUGAUGCGCUGCUCGCUGGUGUGCUGGCACUGGAACAAUUGUUUGGCGGAUGAAAACAGCGAGGUGUGGCGAAGUCAGUGCACGCGCUUACUCAGCGACGAGGCUCUGCGCUCCGAUAUCCUCUGCAACCUCACGACUUACAAAGGAAAAAACGCAGAGACCGGAAGCUUUCUUUUUUUCUUCUCCUGCGUAAAGACCAUAAGCGAAGGCCGUCCACAUCGGAUCUACUUUAAUAUCAACAGAUCUUCAAUUAAGUUGAAGUCAUUUCAGCAUGCACUGAGCUCCCACGACUGCUCCCGGAACGUGUAUGUCAAGAAAAAUGGGUUCACGCUCCACCGUAACCCGAUUGCUCAGAGUACUGAUGGCGCUCGUGCGAAAAUUGGCUUCACGGAGGGCAGACAUGCCUGGGAAAUCUGGUGGGAAGGGCCACUAGGUACAGUGGCAGUGAUUGGCAUCGCAACCAAGAGGGCACCCAUGCAGUGCCAGGGCUAUGUUGCACUGCUGGGGAGCGAUGAUCAGAGCUGGGGCUGGAAUCUUGUUGAUAAUAAUCUGCUUCACAAUGGCGAGGUCAAUGGAAACUUCCCACAGUGCAAUAACGCACCCAAGUACCAGAUAGGAGAGCGAAUACGUGUAAUUCUGGACAUGGAUGACAAGACGCUGGCGUUUGAGCGAGGAUUCGAGUUUCUCGGUGUGGCGUUCAGGGGACUGCCAAAGACCUGCCUCUUCCCAGCUGUUUCGGCUGUUUACGGUAACACUGAAGUCACAAUGGUGUACCUUGGCAAACCUCUAGACGGCUGAGGAGCGUCUCAACCUCCGUGCCAUGUUGACAAAACCAUACGCCAAGGAGGCAUCCAGAUGGCAUAAUAAUGACUCCGAGCAGUCUGCAGUGCGAGAGCCGGUUCAUCUGGGCACAAAUGUGCAGAUUAUACCCCAGGAUUAUGAUUACAAGACACUCCAAAGCAUGCCUUUGUGGAUUAAGGAAGUCUCUGGAUGGCUGAGGACAAUUGGAUUUUUUUUUUUUAAAGCUGAUUUUAAUGUAAUUUACGAAAAGACACUGGGCUAUGUCCCUUUUCUAGUUAAUGAAUCCAGCCUGGUUCAGUGGCAGGUUUGAACUGUUAACCACAGACACAGAAUGCAUUUAUAACGUGAUACAGCGAUGAGGGACUGUAAGUAUUGUAGAUAUAGUUUAUACAGUAACUGGAUGGUUUUAGAAUUUUACUGUGCACCACAAAUACAACCCAUAUGUAGGCAAAUGACAUGCCAAAAUCAAUGUUCUAAUUACCUCUAUACAGCUUGACCAUUUUUAACUUAAAUGCAAGACUGCUUCACUAGAGUUAGUGCUUUGCAUGCAGUGUAGUCGAAGCCGUCUGUUGCCAUUGAUGUUUGUGCAGGAAAUCCAAAAGAAAGUGUCACGUUACUGUAAUACUUAAUUGUGAUGUACUAGUGUAUGAUAUUAAUUUAUUAGAUUUGAUCCUCGGUAUCACUGAGGUUAUGGGACCGGUAAAUAAACUAUAUGGUGCCAGUCUGGAAAAGUGUACAGUCUGGUUGAACUCUUCUGCCAUUUUUUUUUUUUUCUUCUUUCCACCAGUUGUGUUGUUACUGCCACAAGGGGGUAUCGAAUGUACAUUUAUCAAAUAUCCAACGACACACUCUGGACUUUCAGUUUAUGCACACAAAUGCACUGCAAAAACAGUAUCAGGAUGUUGAAAAGACAUGGUGUGUAUUACAACUAUUUUUUUUUAAAUGGAGCACUGUUUUUUAAUGAGGGGAACUUAACAUCUAGGUAAAAAUAUAAGGAUGUGUUAAUGUGAUGAAACGGGGGUGGGUGGGAUUGCUACUCACUUUUUAAAUGCAGUACUGGAAGAGGAUACAUUACAAAUGAGUGCAAAUGUCCCCUUGGUUACUGAUUUAAAGACAUUUUACUGUUUGUCUAAAAACAGAAUUCCAUGUUGAUUUAAUGAUGUUUGAUUUUAACAACAAAAAAAUAAACUAUUACAGUCACCUCACAGCAAAAAGGUUCUGGGUUCGAGCCCAGUGGCCGAUGGGAGCCUU